UAUCAAUAUGAUUUAAUGGAUGAUAUCGGCAUCUUUCCAAGAGCAAAUGACGAUGAAGAUCUUGUAGUAAAACGCAUGACUGAUGAUGAUUUUCGGAAACUUGUUCGUUCACUUAAUGUAAAGCAAAUGGAAUUCUUCUAUCAUGUGUUGAAAUCCAUCAAAACUAGUGAUGAAGCACUUAGACUUUUUUUAAGUGGUGGGGCUGGUGUUGGCAAAACUACAGUUACUAAUGCUUUAUAUGAAGCUUUGAUCAGGUACUUAAAUAGUGUUCCAGGUGAAAACCCUGAUGACGUUAAAGUACUUAAAGUGGCACCAACAGGAAAAGCAGCAUUUAAUAUCAGUGGUAACACUCUUCACUCUGCUUUUAAAAUACCUGCUAAUCGAGGUUUUGAGUAUUGUACACUUGACAGAGACAGACUUAACACUAUUAGAGCACAGCUGAGAAAACUUCAGGUUAUUUUCAUAGAUGAGAUUAGUAUGGUAGGCAGUGGCAUGUUCACGUUCUUGAAUUUACGCUUACAGCAGAUCAUGGGUACACCAAAACCAUUUGGAGGAGUUAAUUUGAUCACUGUUGGUGACCUGUUUCAGUUAAAGCCAGUUUUUGACAAGUGGAUUUUUGAGAAUUCAGGAAGUGCCUACAGUGCAUUAGCCACAAAUAUUUGGCAAGAACAUUUUAAGAUGUAUGAAUUGUCAGAAAUUAUGAGACAGAAAGAUGACAAAGAAUUUGCAGAGCUUUUAAAUCGCCUUAGAGAAGGAAAACACACAGAGCAAGGUAUUGAGGUCCUAAAAGGAAGGAUUUUAAAAGUAAAGCCAGGAGAAAGUGAUUAUCCCAUGAACAUCACUCACUUGUUUAGUACUAACCAAGCAGUAGACAGUCACAAUGUUAAAAUAUUUAAUAACUCCAAAAACCAAAAAGUUAAUAUUUGCGCAGUUGACAUUGUAAUUGGAGAUCUGUCCGAUGAACUAAAGGAAAGACUGAAACAAAAAAUCCCAAAUGAUCCAACCAAAACCAUGGGAUUAUUUUCUGUUUGUUCUGUCCAUGUUACAGCAAAGUAUGACCUAACAACAAAUGUGUCUGUCCUUGAUGGUAUGACUAAUGGAGCAGAAUGUACAGUUGAAAAAAUUGAUUACAGAGUACCGGACUCUACUAGACCAAGUAUUAUAUGGGUAAUGUUUCAGGAUCCUAAGAUCGGUCAUCACUGGCGAAGAGAAUAUUCUCAUUUGUAUAAUGUACAAAUACAAAGCACCUGGACACCAAUCUUAGAAAUCACAAGGCAAUUUAGAUUGUACAAAAGAAAUCAAGUUCAAGUUCUUCGUAGACAAUUCCCUUUACGACCAGCUGCGGCCAAAACAAUACAUCGUUGUCAAGGUGACACGCUUAAUGAAGCAGUUGUUGAUUUACCAGCUUCAACGAGAGAACAUAUGCAUUAUGUUGGUCUAAGCAGACUUCGGAAUCUUUCAAGUUUGCAUAUCUUAAACUUAAAUGAGAAAAAGAUAACUGUGAGCAAGAAAGUUGCAUCUGAAAUGUCUAGAUUAAGAUCAGAGGCAUCUUUAAAACCAUGCAUUUCCUUUCUUUAUGAAGCACCAAGUAACAAAAGCAACUUCAAAAUUUUGUUCCUAAAUGUGAGAUCUUUACAUCUCCAUAUUGAAGAUGUAGCGUGUGAUUAUAGUGUACAAGCAGCACAUGUGAAUGUAUUCGUUGAGACAGCUUUAUGUUCAAGGGACAGUGAUGAGGCAUAUGACAUGGCCAACUUUCGCCUCUACAGAAAUGACUAUGAUCCACAGAACAAUACUAGAACACCGUAUGGAUCAGCUGUGUAUAUCAGAAAUGAUGUAGAGUGCACCUGUGACCCCUUUAGAUUAAACUACAACAAUACAGAAAUGACUGUUGUUAUUAUCAAUUUACCUGGUUGUAACAAGAUACAUGUUGUUGGGAUAUAUCGAUCUAAAUCAAAAGUUGUAUUUCCUAAAUUAAUUGAAGCGUUAGAACAUUUACAUCGCACUAUUCUUCGAGAACCACAGACUCCAGUCAUAAUUUUAGGAGACUUUAAUGUCAAUUUUAUGGAACCUACCUCUGAGCAGAAAGCUCUUGUGGGAUAUAUGAUCAAGCAAAAGGGUUACACUCAGCUGAUAAAACAGUACACAACAGAUUAUAAAACUCAGAUAGACCACAUAUACACUAAUAUUCCACAACAAGUUCAAAGUUCUGGUACAUUGGAGUCAUAUUAUAGUGAUCAUAAGCCCAUUUUUGUUUGUCUAAAUGUAAGCAGCUAGAGCACAUUGUUUUCUAUUGCUAGUUAUUUUGUCAGGAUAUGUAGGAAUGAUUUUAUUGUUGGCUAAAUCUUUUUGUUUUGUUGACUUUGCUUGAGCACAAGUUUCUUAUUUUCAUAUUUGGGUUUGCUUUUUAAUAGCAUUAACCAUAUGUAUACCGAUGUAGUUUACAGAUAUACAAAGAUUAAGUAAAAAUUAUAGAGGAGAAAAAUAUACGAUGAACCAAAUAAAAUGUGUUGUUUCUCGGUGGAAACAUGACCUCACUUCUAAGAGUGAGGUCAUUGUGUGCUGUGGUGAGGAAGUGACUCCUCACUACCUGUAGUCAAGAUGCAGGCCAUCAGAGUUGAAAUGUAAGUUAGUCAUGUAUUUUGAGGGCUUGGGAAUUUAUUUGAACUUGAUUUAAGUUAGUAUUAGAGCAGCAAAGUAUAUUUUACCAAUGUUAACUGCUCACUGAUUGUUUUUGUUACACAUUAUUUUGCAGACUGCUGUUUGAGUACAAUAUGCCUAAAUGUUCAUGAUUCUGAAUGGUAAUACAUUACCAAGACACUGAAAGCACUGAAACUACAACUCUUCAUUGUAUCACCUCAUUCAAGACACUACAAAGAACAGUAAUGUGCAUUUAAGUUUGUACAUGAUUGCAUUUUCUAUACAUGCAUGCUCCAUACAACAUGCUAUGGUAUGCACAAGCUCAACCAAUAAUGGAUGUUACUCUAAAUAUGCUGCUAAAGACACCUUCCAGAAAUCACUCUGCAUGGUCUACAUUUCUAUUGUUAAAGAGGAGUGAGGAACGAUUAGGGAUGUCACUCUGUAUGGUCUACAUUUCUAUUACUAAAGAAUUCGAGAAAAAAUUAUGGAUGUCACUUUAAUACGCUGUUUAAGUCAUCUGGAAAAGAUCUAUGUAAAUCAGAAACAACUUGCCAUCAUCAUCUGCUUUCUCUCAAAGCAAGAACGACCACAAAUGGUACUCUGAAUAUAUAUGCCCAUCUACGAGUAUGGAAAGUCACUUGGGUGGUCUUCUUAACGCAGUAAAAAGACACCAAAGAGGUUACUCAAAAGCAAUGCCAAAGUAUAUAUACACUGCUAAAGCUGUACAUCUCGUACACAAUUCAAGAUAACCAAGUUACUGUCAUAUAUGUAGCUAAAAUAAAUAAAUAACCUUUAUUUACCGUCGGUGUGUUUAAAAAGAAUAAAUUCAAUGUCAGGAACAAAUGAAUCAAAUCAAACAACAAGGUUAAAAACCCCAACUGGAGGAAGGCAAACCAGUUAACUAUUUACAAGCUUGGCCAAGGUGUUGAACUUGGGUCUGCCUGAGCUAAUCAGCCAUGCUGAUUUAUUUGAGAUAAUUAUUUGUUGUGGGCUGUACAGUCCAAGAACUGUUGCUGGACAUAAUGGUUUAUGUGUCAUUUGUAAACAACAAGGCAUAGCAUUUGUAGUAUUGCAAUCGGCAGAAAUUGCCAAUAAUGGGGCCUGCUAGGAACACUGGGAUGCU